CUGUCACUUGACGGUCACGUCGUCUAUAACGUGAUAACCUUGCUAGGAAGCGGAUAAGGAACCUGUAGUGGGGAAGAAAACAAAAGCUAAGUCAGAAAGUGGGAGACGAAAUUGAGAGGAAUCCAGCAACAUAAAGAAGAGAUUAUUGAAAAGAUACUGUACAACUGUUGUCUCUCCUUCCUGUCUCAAAAAUGGUGAAUGUCCUUAAGGGAGUCCUUAUUGAAUGUGACCCUGCUAUGAAACAGUUUCUUCUGUACUUGGAUGAGACAAACGCUUUAGGGAAGAAGUUCAUUAUCCAUGACUUGGACGAAACCCAUGUCUUUGUCCUAGCAGAACUAGUUACUGUUCUCCAAGAGAAAGUUGGAGAAUUGAUGGACCAGAACUCCUUUCCCAUCACACAGAAGUAGAGAGCUGCUGUACAUCAUCUGCACAGGACUUUUGAUAGGGUGGAAGAUUAUUUUAAGUAACUGGUACAUGGAUUUGCUUUCAACCUCCUGAUGUCCAACCAGUGUGUUACAGACUUGAGGAUCUCAUCAGUGAUGUACCUUAAAAAAUUCUAAAAUGUUUAUUUAGUUUCUUUAAGCUACCAAUAAAACAAUAUUAAAACCUG